AAACAUAAUGAAGUGGUUGUUAGUGGGAGGAAAAAUGGCUACAAUUUACCUUCUGCUUCUUCUUGCAUGUGCAUAUCCAUUUGCAGACGGUUUCUGCAUUCAUAUUGUGUGUGUUGAGACAUUCAAGCCAUGGGCUCCACAGAUUGCGCACGACAAAUGUGGAGUUCAAAUAGCAAAGUCGGUCACUACAGUUCACACAUACACCAAGCCACAUUCUUGUCCGGCCAACGUUUACUGUAAAGGAAAGCACAAAGCACGAUUUGCAUGCAGUUGCAAGGAGCUACAGGAUUGCCAAUGGGCGUCUUGGGAAGCCUGGACCGGAACCUUGCGUGACAGGGCAUGUGUACAGCAGAGACGAACAAGAAGGGCAACUCCAGUUACCAUAUACAAAGAAUUUGUAGGUGGCUGUGGCAACGUUCCGAGCACUUGCCCUAGAAAUCAAGACAGUGAAGAUAGAACAAUAUGCAGGUGCAGAAAGGCUGAAAGAUGUGAGCUUCACCCGUGGACAGCUUGGGCAGGACAUGUCCCAGAUGGCCGCUGUGAAAGACAAACUUGCACACAACCAGUUACUCCGCAUUACAAAUACGAGGAAAAACCUGAUAACUGCAGUAGUGUUAAUCCAGACUGUCCUCAACCACGAAACAGGGAACGGAUAUCAUGCCGUUGCCCGACCAAGGAUUGUGUUAAACGGGAAUGGACUCAAUGGUCAUUAAUAAAAGAUAACGGAGCCCCCUGUCCGAAAGAAGAGAGAAAGCGGACAUACUCGUUUACAUUGCGAUACCUCGAAGCAUUGGACAACUGUAACAACAUUGGGGUGAGAAGUUGCCCACCAACUGAAGGCGUUGAGAGGCAGAUGGACAUCAAGUGUCCACGACUAACGGCUCCGCAAAAUGGAAAACUUCUUGACGAUGCGUGCAAUGGUGACAGGAGCUCAUGCAAUGCACCAUGCAGUUUUGACUGCCUCUCAGGCUUCAGACUUGUUGGUAAACCAUUUGUCAGAUGUGGAAAGGAUGGGAGAUGGAGUGACAAUACACCUGUUUGUAUAGAUGCAAUUGAUCCAACUAUCACCUGUGCGAAUACGACGUACGCUCCAAAUGAUCCUAACACGAACUACGCAUCUAUUCCCCUGACGAUGGCAAGCGCGACUGACAAUUUUGUCGUGUCUUCAGUACAGGCAAAUGAAUCAAGUCCAAUAAGGGUCUUUGUAGGCAGACCUUUGAAAGUGAUGUAUACUGCUAGAGAUGCUGCUGGUAACACCGCAACAUGCACAACAACUUACAUAGCAGAAGACAAAGAGCCACCGAAAGUAGUAGAGUGUCCACAAGAUAUUGAACGCACUGUGGCAAAUGGGAAGGUACAGGUGAUAUGGAAAGAGCCAGAAUUUGAUGACAACGUCGAAGGGAGACAUGUUGAUCGUACGCCUACAUAUCCAAAUGGAUUCAAGUUUGGGAAAGGACGAUACAAAGUGAUUUACACAGCAGAAGAUAAGGCUGGCAACAAGGCAAUUUGCGAAUUCAAAAUAAUAGUCAAAAAUCCCGAUAACCUUUGCGAAGUCUACAAUGCACCGAAGAAUGGGUCUAUGGUUUGCAAUAACAGAGUUACUGGUCAUAAGCGCGACUACGUUUGCGCUGUAGCUUGCAGUGAAGGCUUUGGAUACGCAAAGACUAGCGCAAAUACAAAAUUGUUUGACUUCUACAUGUGCUCAGGAAGUGGAGUAUGGCUUGGCACCAAUCAAGCACCACCACCAACCUCCAUUGCACGUGGGACUAGACCAUGGCAAGACUGUUCCAAAAAUUAUCCAGCUGAUGCAGUCACCAAACAUUUCAAAAUAAUGGCUGGCCCAUGCAACAAGAACAAGACAAAAGAAGAACUAAGAAGAGAGUUUCAAAAUAAGAUGAAGAGUAACAUGAUGAUCAAGGCCUUAUUCUGCAUGACAUCAAGAUGUGAAAUUGAUGACAUUUCGGUAACAUGUUCCUCUUCAAAGAAGAGAUCAGUUGCAACAAUGGUCAUCAGUUUUGACAUGGUUGUUAUUCCUGACCUAGCACCACCUACUCCUGCACCACAGGGAAGAGCAUUUAUGAGUACAGAUGACUUGAAAAAGGUGGAAGAGAUGAUAAGGAAGCAGAUUGAGGCAGAAAUACAGCGUCUAACACAAUAUUUACAACGACUGCAGCAACAGAUAAAGAUCAUUCUGGCUCACAUACUGAAAAUCAAUGAGCAUCUUAUGCAAAUAACUUCAAAUCCAGUUUAUGUUGGAUGUCCAAAGGGCUCAACAAUGUCAAUGGUUGGACAACCGCCAAAGAAGCUUUGCACAAGAUGCCCGGUCGGCACAACAUUCAACGAAAGAACAAAAAUCUGCGAUAGCUGCCCACGUGGGUCAUUCCAAGACGACGAAGGUAAACUCUACUGCAAAGCAUGCCCCGCAGGGACAACGACACUUGGCACGUCAGCCACUGAUAUGAGUGAUUGCAAAGCUGAAUGUAGACCAGGCACGUAUUCGAGAGGUGGGCAUGGUCUCGCUACGUGUCUGGCUUGUCCUAAAGGGCAUUAUCAACCAAACCAGAGGCAGUCAAUUUGCAUCAAGUGCCCCAACUGGAAGACAACAGCGAGCUAUGGAUCGACAAAUAUCAGCGACUGCAAAUGAGAGAACAAGGAAAGCAACAAGGAAAAGUAAAUGACUUUUAUUUGCUAUUAAACUUAGCAGUUGUUACCUGUAACCACUGAAUGAAAUGCUUUAUUCAA